UGAAAAAAUGGAACCCACCAGCAGUGUGAGGAGACCUGAAAGUGGCACAUGGCAGAGUGUGGCGAUGGAGACAGCAGCAAUGGGAGGCCGUACAGGGACCCAUGACACACUCUGGACCUGGCAGCAGCAUGAGGAGUCGGUACGGGGGCCCAUGGCAGAUUACGGGCCUGGCAGCAGCAAUGGGAGGCCCGUAAUCUGCCAGCACCCUAUGACAAAAUGGAACCCACCAGCAGUGUGAGGAGACCUGAAAGUGGCACAUGGCAGAGUGUGGCGAUGGAGACAGCAGCAAUGGGAGGCCGUACAGGGACCCAUGACACACUCUGGACCUGGCAGCAGCAUGA